CAGUUUCGUUUGCUUCACAUUUCGUAGUCUAUAUUGUAUAAAACCUCAGAAACACAAAAAACACUCACAGUCUCUCCACUCUCACAAAAAUGCGCCAAGCCUGUGUUACUCUGUAUCCGGCGCUCCUCGCCGUUACAGUGCUAUUCUUUCUGAGCCCUACGCUUGCGUGGCGUCCAUGGCCCCACAACAAAACCAACGCUCAAGAUUCAAUCUUCGGAGACUCGAAGAAAUUCGAGGGCUCAUCGGAGUUUGUCCACUUGAAAUACCACAUGGGACCUGUCUUAACCGCCAACAUAACCGUCCACACAAUCUGGUACGGCACGUGGCAGCGCAGCCAGAAGAAGAUCAUCCGCGAGUUCAUCAACUCGAUCUCAGCCGUCGAUUCUCGGCACCCUUCGGUCGCUGGGUGGUGGAGGACCGUACAGAUGUACACGGACCAAACCGGCUCGAACAUUUCCAAAACGGUGCGUUUGGGGCAGGAGAAGAACGACAGGUUUUACUCGCACGGAAAGUCGCUCACGCGCCUAUCCAUUCAGAGCGUGAUUAAGAGCGCCGUAACGGCCAGGACGAAGCCGUUACCGGUUAACGCGAAAAGCGGUUUGUAUCUGUUGCUCACAUCUGAUGACGUGGUGGUUCAGGAUUUUUGCGGACAAGUUUGUGGGUUCCACUAUUUUACAUUCCCGUCGAUCGUGGGGUACACGCUCCCGUACGCGUGGGUGGGGAACUCUCAGAAGUUUUGCCCAGGCGUGUGUGCUUACCCGUUCGCCGUACCGAAUUAUAUCCCGGGGCUGAAGCCGCUAAAGUCACCGAACGGUGACGUGGGUGUUGAUGGCAUGGUGAGUGUGAUUGGGCAUGAGAUUGCUGAGCUGGCAACGAACCCGUUGGUGAACGCAUGGUACGCUGGGCAAGACCCGAGUUUCCCAGUAGAGAUUGCUGAUUUGUGUGAAGGUAUCUAUGGUACCGGUGGUGGUGGGUCUUACACUGGACAACUAUUCAACGGUGAGGAUGGUGCCACGUUUAACAUGAAUGGGAUCAGACGGCGGUUCUUGGUUCAGUGGGUUUGGAAUCACGUGGUUAAUUAUUGUUCUGGACCAAAUGCGCUUGAUCAGUAAUAGUAAUAGUAAUACCACUGGUCCAUCACCACUCUCUCUAUUUUUCGUGUAUUUGGGUUUUUUUUUUUUUUUUUUUUGGUGUUUUUAUUAAAUGGGGGUUUGGGUUUUGGCGAGGUUUGUUACUUUUGUUAAUGUUUUUUAUUUAGUUAAGAUUAGUUAAGUUUGUUAAUUCUGUAAUAAGCAUAUUGUUAUUACUAUAAAAAUUAUUGUAUACGAUCUUUGUAUACAGAUA